AUGACGUCUUCUUUUGCUCCUCUUGACCCGAUCAGCGUGAACGGGAGCGCUGAUCGCAACAAGAAGGUCGCCUACUUCUACGACUCGGAUGUGGGCAACUAUGCCUAUGUCUCGGGGCAUCCCAUGAAGCCUCAUCGCAUAAGGAUGACACACAGUCUGGUCAUGAACUAUGGCCUCUACAAAAGCAUGGAGAUCUACCGUGCGAAACCGGCCUCGAAGUACGAAAUGACCCAAUUCCAUACAGAUGAAUACAUCGAUUUCCUUUCGAAGGUGACCCCCGACAACAUGGAUUCGUUUGCGAAGGAACAGAGCAAGUACAAUGUCGGUGAUGACUGUCCCGUAUUCGACGGUCUUUUUGAAUUCUGCGGUAUCAGCGCUGGUGGAAGCAUGGAAGGCGCUGCACGGCUCAACCGGAAUAAGUGCGAUAUCGCUGUGAAUUGGGCAGGUGGCCUUCACCACGCGAAAAAGAGCGAAGCGAGUGGUUUUUGUUACGUGAACGAUAUUGUGCUAGGAAUCCUCGAGCUUCUGCGGUUCAAACAACGAGUCCUAUAUGUCGAUAUUGAUGUGCACCAUGGUGAUGGUGUUGAAGAAGCUUUCUACACUACGGAUCGUGUUAUGACUGUCUCCUUCCACAAGUACGGAGAGUAUUUCCCCGGAACUGGUGAACUCCGUGACAUCGGUGUGGGACAGGGUAAACAUUAUGCUGUCAACUUCCCGCUCCGUGAUGGUAUUGAUGACAUCUCAUACAAGAGCAUCUUUGAGCCAGUUAUCAAGAGUGUCAUGGAAUGGUAUCGACCAGAGGCCGUGGUUCUCCAAUGUGGUGGUGAUAGUCUUUCGGGCGAUCGUCUUGGUUGUUUCAACUUGAGUAUGAGAGGUCAUGCCAACUGCGUCAACUUCAUGAAGAGUUUCAACCUGCCAACCUUAAUUCUGGGUGGUGGCGGUUACACGAUGCGUAAUGUCGCACGAACCUGGGCUUUUGAGACCGGAAUUUUGGUCGGAGAUGGUCUAGGACCUGAGCUUCCCUAUAAUGAUUACUAUGAGUACUUUGCGCCAGAUUACGAAUUGGAUGUACGCCCAUCAAAUAUGGACAAUGCCAACACGAAAGAAUAUCUUGAUAAGAUCCGCACGCAGGUCGUCGAAAAUCUCAAGCGGACUGCUUUUGCACCUUCAGUACAAAUGACUGAUGUUCCCCGCGAUCCUCUUGUUGGAGGUAUGGACGAUGAGGCAGAUGCAAUUCUUGAUGACUUGGACGAGGAUGAAAACAAAGACAAGCGCUUUACCCAACGCCGCUUCGACCAAUACGUCGAGAAACCCGGGGAACUAAGCGAUAGCGAGGACGAGGAUGAGAAUGCAGCCAACGGCGUCCGUCGCCAACCCAACGCCAUCAGACGAAGAAACGAGGCCAACCAUAGAAACCUUGGCGUCGAUUCUGGGCUUGACAGCGGGAUCGCAACGCCUCGAGAUGAAUCCUCGAUUGCCGAUGAGGAGAUGGAUACUACAGCUGACGCAAAGAUGGGAGAAGCACCAGAAGCCGAAGCUGAAGAGCGUCUUUCGCCAUCUGCUGCUGAGCCACCAUCGAGAGCUGAAGAGGCAUCUGCUGCCGAGCCUUCUGAAAUGGCCGUUGACGGACAAGAGCAGGGCGCUUCUGCUCCCAUUUCACGCCAAACCUCUCCUAAGGUACAGGAUGAGGACACCACGAUGGAAGAUGCCGGCGCACCUGAGCCACAACCAGAAGAGCCAGAAGAACCGGCCCCAGCCCCAGAAAAAAAGGCACAGAGUGAGCCCCAGGAGGGAGAAAGUAAGCCAGCCGACGAAACACCACAACCUGAUAAAACCGCAACAGAACCCUCAUUUCCUUCUAAAGCCAAGUCUCCCAGCAAGGAAACUUCCGGGGUUGGGCCAGCUGAGACAGCUGGUGCAACAGAGGGCACAGAACCAACGAAAACAACGGAGACCGGAGAAUCGCAGGCAGCAGAAACUACCGAAAAAGCCCCUGAAGCCCCCGAAGCUCCUCAGACCACCGAAGCCGCGAGGGAUACCCAAGCUACCGAAGCCCCUAAAGAUGAAUCAGCACCAGUGAAGGCUGAGCAAGAAACCUCAGAAGAGUCGAAUUCGAAACAGCAGCCUGAGGAGCCUGCAAAGAAUGAAGAAUAG